UUUACAAUAUCAGGUUUGCUUGAAAAAGACCUCAAAAUUUGCGUUCUUUUCAGUCGACGACGUCUACAUUCAGUCCAGCCCAACCUCCUCUUCUUCUUCAGCUCUCUCGUGAUUUAAUCCCAAAACCAAACCCUAAUCUUGCUUCUUCUUCUUGUUCUAUGAUUAACAAUCCAAUCGCGACUCUUCAGCUUCUCCGAUUCUAGGGCUAGCUUCGCUGUCCGGCCGAUCAAGCACUCGCCGAAGCCUGGAACGAGUUGCGUGGACGUUAACCUAGCUCCGGAGAUUCGAAUUUCACGAGAAUGUUCUUCUCAGGCGAUUCGUCGAAUCGGAAGCGCGUGGAUUUGGGGGGACGGAGUACGAAGGAGAGGGAUAGGCAGAAGCUUCUGGAGCAAACGAGGUUGGAGCGCAACCGGCGGUUGUGGUUACGCCAGCAGAACUCCGCCGCAACUAAGAUUCAGAAAUGCUUCAGAGGGAGAAAGGUAGCAACAUCUGAAUAUUCUAAGGUGCGGGAACAGUUCUAUGGAACAUAUGGGAAACAUUGCCAGAAUGCAGAUAAGUACGAAUUGAAUCCUUACUUCAGAUCGUGUUUUGGUCCAGACUCAGACUUUCUCCGCCAGUUGCUUUUUUUCUUCGAUGCUCGAAGUGUUGGCGACUUUUCCAUUCUUGUGGAAACAUGCCGGUUACUUAAGCAAUUUGUCAGAGAUACAGGGGAUACGGUGAGCCUCUUUGCAGGCAUGGAUUAUUCAUCGAAGCAUGCUUUGGUAAAUUACAGAGUGAAGAAACUUGCAUAUCUGUGUAUCAAGGCUGUUCAUCAAAAUAGAAAUCAAUUGAAGGAUCAACUUUUUGCAUCUCCCCAGGAGUGCACUGUGCCAACAACUUUAUUGUUGGAAACAGUAGUCUUGUUGAUUGAUCAUAAGCUUCCGUGGGUUUGUAAGACAGUUAGCUAUCUUCUGGAAAGAAAAGCAUUUACCCUGUUUAGAGAGAUUAUUUUAACAGGAAGGGCUAGUAUAGAGACUCAUAAUUGCAUUGACAGAGUAUCUUCAUUGGAGCGCACUCUUGCUGUUGUAAUUCCUCACGUUGGUCAGGAGCCAUGUAACUGCCCAAAUGUUGGUCCACACUGGAGUUUUUCGUCUCAGAUUCUUACAAUUCCUUUCUUGUGGAAGCUACUACCAUAUUUAAGAGGGGUUUUUGCAACGCGUGGGCUGAGCCAACAUUACAUUCAUCAGAUGGCACUCUGUGUGCAUAAUCAUGCUGAUGUGCUUCCCAAUGAUACAUCAGUUGAGUUACCCAGUUAUGCCUGCCUUCUGGGAAAUAUACUAGAUUCUUCCGGAGUUGCUCUGUCUCAGCCUGACUGCUCAUUUGAAAUGGCUGUAGACCUUGCUGCUGUUGCAACAUUCUUGUUGGAAUCCCUUCCUUCAAUAAAAUCGUCAAACAGACAAAGCAAGGAAGAUUCCAUGGUGGGUGAGGAUGAUACUGAGGGAGAUGAUGCAAUGGAAAUAUGUUUGAAUAAUGAUUUGGAACGGCAGAUUUGUGAGGCCAUAGAUUCACGCUUUCUUCUGCAAUUUACAAAUGUUUUGUUCGGAGGGAUUUCACUUGUCAGUGAUUCACAUAAAGCACCGGAUGAUAGAGAGGUGUCAGCUGUUGGCGCAGCGUGUGCUUUUCUACAUGUCACUUUCAACACCUUACCUCUUGAGAGAAUCAUGACUAUCCUAGCUUAUAGAACCGAACUUGUCCCUGUUCUAUGGAACUUUAUGAAACGGUGCAAUGAGAACCAGAAAUGGUCUUCAUUGUCUGAGCAAUUGGCAUAUCUACUGUCAGGAGAUGCACCUGGUUGGCUAUUACCUUUGGCAGUUUUCUGUCCUGUGUACAAGCACAUGCUUACAAUAGUUGAUAAUGAGGAGUUCUAUGAACAGGAGAAGCCACUAUCGUUGAAGGAUAUCAGAUCCCUAAUUAUCAUACUCAGACAGGCUCUAUGGCAGCUUCUCUGGGUGAAUCCUACGGCUCCCAGUAACUCUUCGAAAUCUGUCACCAGCACCCCUGCAAAGAAGAAGCACCCUGUGGAGUUCAUUCAACAGAGGGUUGGGAUCGUAGCAUCUGAACUCCUCUCCCAGUUGCAAGAUUGGAACAAUAGACGAGAGUUUACUUCCCCCAGUGACUUCCAUGCUGAUGGUGUCAAUGAUUUCUUCAUUUCGCAGGCCGUGAUAGAAAAUACCCGAGCCAAUGACAUUUUGAAGCAAGCUCCGUUCCUAGUACCGUUCACAAGCAGAGUUAAAAUAUUCACUUCACAAUUGGCAGCAGCUAGACAAAGACACGAGUCUAAUUCUGUGUUUACCAGAAACCGGUUCAGAAUACGGCGGGAUCGUAUCUUGGAAGAUGCUUAUAAUCAGAUGAGUGCAUUGUCUGAAGAAGAUCUUCGAGGACCGAUUCGGGUAACAUUUGUAAAUGAAUUUGGGGUUGAAGAAGCUGGAAUUGAUGGUGGUGGGAUUUUUAAAGAUUUCAUGGAGAACAUUACUCGAGCAGCCUUUGAUGUCCAGUAUGGUUUAUUUAAGGAAACAUCCGACCAUCUCCUCUACCCUAAUCCUGGUUCAGGAAUGAUUCAUGAUCAGCAUCUCCAAUUUUUCCACUUUCUGGGAAUUCUUCUUGCAAAGGCCUUGUUUGAGGGAAUUCUUGUUGAUAUUCCAUUUGCAACGUUCUUCCUGAGCAAAUUAAAGCAGAAGUACAACUACUUGAAUGAUUUACCUUCAUUAGACCAAGAAUUGUAUCGCCACCUUAUUUUCUUGAAGCAUUUCAAAGGUGAUAUUUCAGAACUAGAACUAUAUUUUGUGAUUGUAAAUAAUGAGUAUGGGGAGCAAACGGAAGAAGAGCUGCUUCCCGGCGGAAAAAACCUACGUGUCACUAAUGACAAUGUCAUUACUUUUAUUCAUCUUGUUGCCAAUCACCGUUUAAAUUAUCAGAUACGUCAACAAAGUUCUCAUUUCUUAAGGGGGUUUCAGCAGCUUAUACAGAAAGAUUGGAUUGAUAUGUUUAAUGAGCAUGAACUUCAGCUUCUGAUAUCAGGUUCACUUGACAGCCUGGAUAUUGAUGAUCUACGGAGAAACACUAACUAUGUUGGUGGCUAUCACAGUGAGCAUUAUGUUGUUGACAUGUUCUGGGAAGUUCUCAAAAGCUUUUCAUUGGAAAAUCAGAAGAAAUUUUUGAAAUUUGUGACUGGGUGCUCUAGAGGACCAUUGCUUGGGUUCAAGUACCUUGAACCAUUGUUUUGCAUCCAGAGAGCUGCUGGUAGUGCAACUGAUGAAGCUCUUGACCGAUUGCCAACUGCGGCUACAUGUAUGAAUCUGCUGAAGCUUCCACCAUAUCGGAGCAAGGAGCAAUUAGAAACGAAGUUGAUGUAUGCAAUAAGUGCAGAAGCUGGUUUUGAUUUGAGCUGAUGGAAGCUAUGCAUUCUAAUUGAGCACAUAUUGCAUUGGCCUGAUUUUCGAGGCAUACAAUUAUAGCCCUGUUAAUUUGAUUCAAGCAAGUUCUUGCUUGGAAUUGUCAAGGACCAAUGAGCUGCGGACAGCCAAAGCAGAGUGAAGCUUGGGGUGGAGUGGUGGCAUGUAGAUAUCUAUUUCUUGCAAGCUCCGGAUUUGACAUGUAAAUAUGCGGGGUUAAUCUGCAAAGUGCAACAGCUUUGUCAAGUUUACAGGUCCUGGGCUUUCUUCACAUCAUAAAUUGGUUUGGAGAAUUGUAAAAUAAUUCAGACCAUCAUAGUUGAUAUAUUUCUGUAAAUGAGAAAAGGCAAUAUUAUCGAAUAUAUAGAUGGUUUCCUACCUUUCCUCCUUUACAUACAGUUAUGAGUAUCAUCUGUUAGGAUCGCAAACUUUGCUAUGCUAUAAUUAUGGCUGAAGUGUGCCUCUUUUAUCAA